AUGGCACACCGGAUCGUAACCCAGAUAGUCCUCACGGGCGGUCGGGUCUUUGGAAGAGCCUUUGCGGAAGCAUAUAAGCAAGCCUCGGCCGCGUCGAAAUAUGCAGCCCAGGCGCAAAACGGCAACGGAACCGCGGCCAACAACUUCGCCUCCUCGGGUCUUACGCUCGAUGAAGCCUGCAAGAUCCUGAAUGUGAAGCCUCCAAUGAGCGGCGAGGCAAACAUGGAACACACAAUGGAACGUUUCAAGAAGCUGUUUGACGCAAAUGAUCCGAAGAAGGGAGGGAGCUUUUACCUCCAGAGCAAAAUCCUACGCGCCCGCGAGCGGAUCGAGAUGGAGGUGCGAGAUGCCGAGCGCAAGGCUGCCAUGGAGAAAGAAGUGAAAGAAGGGUGGAAACCGAAGGUGUAUAAGGAUCGGUGA